AUCAGUCCUCAGUGUAUUGAUUGAGCCACCGGGACACCAGCGGACCCGAGUCCCCGGACCUCAAUAUAGUUUGGAGGAAGUUUCUGUGGGUUGAUUCUUGUGGACAGAGCAGGAGAUAACAGAGGUCAGGGACAGCAGGCGUUCCAGGUUGAACGUUGCCGAUUUCCAUCUGGUCCUGCAAAAUCCAAAAAAUGUCGUCGCACAGGCAUUUUGAAAGCCCCCCAAUGUCGUCGAACAGGCAUUUUGAAAGCCCCCCACCUUAUAACCCAAAUGAAUACAAGCCGUCCAACUAUGCCCCGAGCAGAGAUGUGUAUGGUGGCGAGAUGCACUCACAGCCAGCUUACUCCUACUACCCAGAUGAUGAGGUUCAACACUUCUACAAGUGGUCUUCUCCUCCAGGCAUCAUCAAGAUAAUGGCUAUUCUUAUUGUUGUCAUGUGUGUUGGCAUCUUUGCCUGCGUAGCUUCUACCUUACCCUGGGAUUUGGAUAUAACAGGACAGUCCAUGGGUUACGGCUUUGGUGGAUCUUCUGGUUAUGGAGGAUACGGAUCUUCUGGUUAUGGAGGAUAUAAUGGCUAUGGAUUUGGAGGAUCAUCCGUAGGAGGGGGUUUUGCUUAUGGAGGAAAUUAUACAGACCCCCGAGCUGCCAAAGGUUUCAUCCUUGCCAUGGCGGCCAUUUGCUUUAUUGUUUCCAUAGUGGUGUUUGUAUUGAUGGUUACAAGGAAUCACAUCACUACCACCCGUAAGUUCUUCCUGAUCGUUAUUGUGGUGUCUGGGGUCAUUGGCGGUUUGGUCUUCAUUGCCUCCAUUGUCUAUACCAUCGGAGUAAACCCUGUGGCUCAGGCUUCUGGAUCUUCGUUUUACAACCAGAUUGCUUCUAUUUGUAACCAGUUUUACUCUCCAGUAACUACCGGAGUGUUUGUCAAUCAGUACCUUUACCAUUACUGUGUGGUGGAACCACAAGAGGCUAUUGCAAUUGUAUUGGGUUUCAUGAUUGUUGUGGCAUUUGCCAUCAUUAUAUUCUUCGCUGUUAAAACCCGCAGAAAAAUCAACCGUUGUGGCAAAAUGGGCAUCCUUUGGCAGAAAGAGCAGUUUGCGGAACCUGGAGAUCCUCAGGUGGAGGAAUGGGUUAAGAAUGUACCAGAAGUUCCAGAGUCUGUGCCUGCAAUGUCUGUGUACAAUGAGAAAGUCAAUGGAUCCGUUCUGGAGUACAGGAGCAUGAAUGGUGCGGUUCAGUGCUAUCCAGAAUCCAACUAUGGAUCACAUCCAAUUCCAGAGGAGGUAUUUCCAGUGAAAAAGGACGCAGGCAUGGCUCCAAAAUCUUACAGCAGUAGCUCUGAUGCAACCAGCAAAAAAGCUCCACGUAAAAAAAACCCAGGGAGACCAAAGCGAUCCCAAAUUGAUUACGAAGACACAGAUUAUGCCACGGGAGGAGAAUCGUGCGAUGAACUAGAUGACGAGGAAUGGGACAGAGAGUACCCGCCCAUCACGUCAGACCAAAUGAGGCAGGAAUACAAGCGUGACUUUGAUGCUGGCCUUCAGGAGUACAAGAGGUUACAGGCUGAAUUAGAUGAUGUUACAAAGUCUCUAUCUCAACUGGACAAAGAACUUGAUGAAUAUCCAGAAGAAAGUCGCGAGUACAAGGACGCUGCAGCAGAAUACAAUCAUCUCAAGAGCAUAAAAUCGACUCCAGAUUUCCAGAACAAAAAGAAACGUUGCAAACAGCUGAAGAACAAACUUAACCACGUUAAGAGGAUGGUCAGCGACUACGACAACAAAAAAUAAGGGCUCGGUGAUGCCGAUACCUUCUUUGUCAUUCUGUAAAGAUUCCAGUGGCUGAAUAAUCUUUUAGCCCUAAAGACCAAAAAGACAUUUUUGCCAACUGUGUAACUAAUACAAUCCCUCCAAAUGUUGAAUGUAGGGAAGACAUCAGUUCUCUUCAAAAUAUGUUUUUUUUUUUUUCUAUUACUAAUCAUAUGGUGGAGGUAACAUUUUUUUACGUGCAACAUAUAAGUAAUGUUUAAAACUUACAGAUUUUUAUGACUUUAUUCAACUUUAACUUUGUAAAUGUGUGUGUGUGUGUGUGUGUGUAUAUUUUACAAAAAAUAAUUUCAGUGCAUUGUUUCACAUGUUAAAAAAUUGAACCUUAAAAGAUGAAGCCACAUUUUAAAAUUUUAGAAAUGUGGAUGUUGCUUCUGUCUUGCAAGGAAUACUGAUUGCAUUACUCAUAGACCAGAUCUACUGUGGAGCAACCAAGGGAAAAAUAUGGAACAGUCGGUCAUUUAUAAAAUGUUUUUUUUAAAAAAAACAAAAAAUUUAAGUACCCUUACAGUAACUUUAAUACUUUUGCAACAAUUACUACUAUCACAUAACACACCACUAUAUAAGACUAGGCCAGCAAAAAAUAUAUAGUCAGGCUAAAUUGUAGGGCAUAUAAUGUCUUGCAAACACUUAUUUUGCACUUUUUAAAAAUUUUAUUUUAAUGCAGGUUGUUUUUGUAAAAUGUAUAGAAUGUUGCUGUUAUGCAUACUUAGAAAAUAGAUAAUUUCACUUGCUGAUUGUAUCUCUUUAAAACAUUGACUGAUCAAAAUAUGUGACUGACUGUUCGGAUAGGACAAUUGUCAAGGAAAGCAGAGGCUCAGCAGCAGUCGAUAGCCUUUUAUAGUUCAUGAUAUUCCAAAAGGUCAUGUUUUUUUUCCCCCCCAAGAUUAUGGGAUGUAUAGUUCUUAAGUAACUGCAGAGCUACUAUCUAGUGAGUAUUCUUGACCAUGAUACAGUUCCCUGGCUUGAAUAUUUUUACAUAGGGCUGUACAAUUAAAUACAAAUAUCUGUAUAUCUAUAUUAUCUAAAACGGAUACAGUUGAUAAUUCUCCCACCUCUCUAGGGGUAAAUGGGUUCCUCUGCUUGGUGUAGAUUUCUAAAGCAGGGGGAACUCAUAACUAAAUAACUGCUAUAUCUGUGGCGCUUGUAGGCAUAUUUGGAAGCACAUGAAACCGAAUGUUUCUUAUUCAAUAAUAAUGCCGCUUUCAGAAUUAACCAAUAAAUGUUAGAAACACAGGUUCUUCUAAACCGUGCAGAACUACUUAACCUGUCAACUUCUGGUAAUUGUCCUGCAUCAUCUCAUUAUGAGCUGCUGUAUGUCAUGCAUAAUACAGACCAAUGAACGUAUUAUAUAUAUAUUUUUUUUUUUUAGAAGUUGUUUUUUCGAUUUCAGCUUCUAAUCUGAGGUAAUGUUUGUUUGUAAAUAUAUUGUGAAAUGUAGGUGUAUGAAUGACAAUCAGUGGAAUACUUUCACGAUGGCAAUAAUGAAUGUACAAAGAAUAUAUAUAUAUUUUUUUUUUUUUGGUUACAUUUUUAUAGUAGAAUUUUUAUUGUAUAUUGUAUUUCCUCUUUAUCCUAUUAUGCUUUUUUUUUUUGUUUUAAGAGGAAAACCUGUAAGUGUGAAGCUGUAAGAAAACAUGACUUUUUUUUAAAGUAAUAAAAUAGAUGGACUAAAAUUACCUUUCUUUU